AAGCCGCUUUCAAAAACAACGGGAGGGGGACGGAGGGCGCUUCCUCCAGCGGCUCUGAGGAAAGAGCUGCGGCGGGACCAGAAGCCGCGCGGCUAAACCUGGCCGUCGUUCGGCAGAAGGCGAAGCCUUUCCGGCGCGUCCCGGGAAAUCCCGCUCGUCCGUGCGCCGCUUUCCUCGCGCGCGCCUUCUUUUCACUCCUUUCGGAAGUUUUUGGCGGCGGCGGCGGCGGCGGGAGGAUGCUGGAGAGCGGCGGCAAGCCGGUGAAGGAGGGCGUGCUGGAGAAACGCAGCGACGGCUUGCUGCAGCUCUGGAAGAAGAAGCGUUGCAUCCUCACCGAGGAAGGGCUUCUGCUUAUCCCGCCCAAGCAGGAGCCGGCGGCGGCGGCGGCUUCUCCUCCUGCCAACGGGGAGCCCGCGGUGGCCGCCGCCAAAAUCAAGCAGUUGCCCUUCUCCACCAUGAAGACGGUGGACUGCGUGGAGCGGAAGGGCAAGUACAUGUAUUUCACGGUGGUGAUGGCCGAGGGGAAGGAGAUCGACUUUCGGUGCCCGCAGGAUCAAGGCUGGAACGCCGAGAUCACGCUGCAACUAGUGCAGUACAAAAACCGGCAGGCCAUCCUGGCGGUCAAGUCGACCCGGCAGAAGCAGCAGCACCUCGUCCAGCAGCUCGGGCCCCGCCUCCGAAGCUCCUCCAACUCCGCCUAGACGGGCCACCCCGACAGAUCAAAUUCAAGAGGCGCUUCUGGAAGUAAGAGGAACAGUGAUCAAAGGCUGGCAAAGUAAAGGAGGACAAGUACAAGAGCAUCAGUUCAGCCCCUGGAUUUUGUCCAGUUUUGACACCAUCUGUGGUUGCUUUCGAGAAGUACUUCAGCUGUUCUGGGUUUGGCUACUGCUUAAGUUUAGGAAAGGCAUAUUUGACCUCAAAGGACAUAUGUCGCACUGUCAUUUUUAAAAUUCCACUAUGUUUUAUUUGUAUGUAUAUUUAUUAGUGGGGAUUUUAAGUUUUCAGGUUACUUCUGAAUGUAGAUCAUCCAAGAGACAAUGAAGUGUGGAAAAUACUUGCUUUGGUGAAUUGUAUAAACUGCAGUAGAGAGGGUGGAAGAAACUGAAGCAAGAAGAAAACAGAAAGAUGAAGAAUUUACCAGGAUACAAACUUUUCAUAUAGCUUUUACAUUACCGCUUUGCAACAGUUUUCAUUUCAAAAAGUGGAAGGCUGUUAUGAAAUGAAUGUAUGAAAUGUAUCUUGCUAUAUUGAACUAUUGUACCAAUAUUGUAAAUAAUGAGAAUACCCGCUCCAAAGAAAGCAGUGGCUUUGAAUUAAAAUUCUGGAUGGUUUUGUUUAUUCAACAGUCAUUUGACUUGUGGUAUUAUACAUUGUAUUCAGUAGUAAUCAGUUAUACCAGUUUUCAUAUCCUUACUUCACAAGCAGAAAAUCUUAGUUGACUGACUUACCAGAAGAAUAAUUAUAAAAAAGUUAUGUUCUUUUUUAUAUGAGAUUUGUUGGAAGAAACAUACUAAAGACAACUCAUUGCACUUCUUUAUUUAAAUUUGUCCCUAGCCUAUAAUAUUUCUUACUGUGGUUUUACUUGAUUUAUGUUUUUAUGAAAUCUUUGCAAAUUCCUUAUCGCAUUAUUUUAUAUAGAAUGUCUUAAAGUACUUAAUUAGAUAAUUUUACCAAUAUUCCCUAUCAUUUGGGGGGGGGGGAAUAAUGUCCUAUACAAUAUUUUUCAUACCACCUAUAAUCAAAAUUAUUUCUUCUUAGAACAGAGAUUUAAAUAAACUAUAAUAAUGUCCAAUUGAAUAUUUAAA